UUAUUAUUAGUAAUAUAAAGCUAACCCUUCCCACUACUCUCAAUCAUUUCAAACCCAUUCCCUCUCUAUACAAUCUCACCACUUCCUUUUCUUCCUUUUUUAUGGUUCCAUCCCUUUGCUUCAUCGAUCUCUAUCCCAACAAAGACCUUGUGCAUCUGUGACAUAUAAACCCCAUAGCAGGAGCAUUGAGGUUUUAAGCCAUGUCGGUUACAGGAGUUUCAGACCCUGAUAGAAUGUUAAAGAAGUCAUUCCAUCGCAGGAAUGACUCUGGUGAGCUUGAUGUGUUUGAGGCUGCACGGUAUUUCUCAGGGUACAAUGAAGCAGCCAGCUAUAACUGUGCAACAUUCACUCAGAAGAUCAUGCGGGAAGAGAGGCAGCCCUGGAGAGGAGGCAGGAUCAGCUUGGACGUACCGAUGAGAAACCCUUUUCCUCAACAAACUCAUGCUGUGGAAAAGCAAAUUAAGGAGAAGAAAUACAAGCAACCGAGCUCCCCAGGUGGUAGACUUGCUAGCUUCUUGAACUCUCUUUUCAAUCAAACAGGUUCCAAAAAGAAGAAAUCAAAAUCUACCACGCAGUCCAUGAAAGAUGAAGAAGAAAGCCCUGGUGGGAGACGGAAAAGGAGGAGCAGCAUUAGCCAUUUCCGUAGCUCUAGUACCGUUGAUACAAAGUCCUUUUAUUCUUCUUCAAGUUCUGGUUUCAGGACCCCACCUCCUUACGCACACACGCCCACGAAAAGCUACAAGGAUUUUAGAAGCUAUUCAGAUCACAAGCAGGUGGUAACUCUGUCAAAGUACAGUAUUGGACAAACAAAAUCUACAGCUUUAGCAAACGAAGUCUUGGAAGACAAAAGGAAUACAACAGACUAUUCUUGGUUGGAUGAGAAAUUCAAGUUCAAUGAUGGCUACUCAGAAAAACACAAGAAUAAUCUCGGUACCCGUCAUCAAGAGAAGGAUAGGAAUUGGGCUGAUCGAUAUCCAUCAGAGGAGAAAGAAUUCAAGAAGUUCAAUGAGGUUGACGACGGUGCAGAUAGUGAUUCAAGCUCUGAUCUGUUUGAGUUGCAAAACUAUGACUUAGGCAUCUACUCAAGUGGCUUGCCUGUGUAUGAAACUACACAUAUGGACAGCAUCAAGAGGGGAGCACCAAUUUCCAAUGGUGCACUAUGAGACUACAUUUUCACCUUGUUGAUGGGUUUCAUUUGUUUUCAUUGAUAAGAAAAAUUGAUGUCCUAGAUUUUGCUUUCUUUUCUCUUUUUUUUUUUUUUCUUCUAGCUAGCUUCUUUGAAACUUCGUUGAAUGCUUUUCUCUCUGUAUGUACAGUUUGGAAUGUUUGUUUGUCUUUCCAUUCUCAUCAGUUUUCUUUGUUUUACCCUUUCUUUGGAGCUAGCUAUUUCAUUUCAUGGAUUAAUGCAUAAACAUCAAAAGUCCCCCAUUGGAAUGGUUUGCUUA